AUGUCAAUCCAAAAGCACGUCGUCUUCGACGUAGUCGGCACAUGCGUGUCCUUCGAUGCAUUCUACAGCCGCAUCGACAAGGUCAUCGGCGACAGACUCCUAACCAAAAACAUAACCGCCCGCACCUUCGGAUUCACCUGGAUGACAGCGGCCGAGCUUGAAUUCACUUUCCUCUCAAUUUCCGAGCGCUACCGCCCCUACAAAGACGUAAUCACAGCCCUCUUCUACCGAUCCCUAUACAUGUGCGGCGUCGAGGCACCACGUACCUUCGCGACAGACGCAGAGCGCGACCAGUGCGUACAGGGAUACUCUGAGCUCGAACUGCGGCCAGGAACAGCGGAUUGCUUUGCCAUUCUGCGGAAGGCGGGGUUCACUGUUUGGUGUCUAACGACUGGUGAUACCACGCGCGUGCGUGGAUAUUUCCAGCGCGCGGGUGUCGAUAUGCCCCUGGAGAACUUUAUUAGUUGUGAUACGGCGGGGAUGGCGAAGCCUGCGCUUGCGGCUUAUAAGCCUGCUUUGGAGCGGUUUGCGGAUGAGGAUGUCAAGUGGUUCGCGGCGGCGCAUAUGUGGGACGUCUCAGCUGCUGUUAAAGUUGGGUUCCGCGGGGCUUAUUGUACGAUUUAUGAGCAGGAGUCCUGUGCGGAGAUCUUUGAUACUGAGAUGGAAGUUUUGGCGAAUACUUUGCCGCAGAUGGCAGAGCGGAUUGUCGAUGCUUCGCUUUGA